AUGACCAUUUUCGCUCUCGGAGGUCUGGCCAUACUUUCGCCAGCUGUUGCUGCAGAAUCUUUGGGAGUCCUACCGACCACAUCAGAAGGACGCACAGUCACCAGCAAAGCAAUGGUUUUCCUCGGGAUCCGGGAUGUUGCCGCUGCAGCAACUAUGUUUUGGUUUUACCGUGAAGGGAAGGAAAGGGAAAUGGGAGUUCUGACAACGGCCUGGACUCUUGUGUGUGUGACGGAUACGUGGGUCGCUACCCAGGGCCCGAAGGGAUGGGAUGCGGGAAUUUGGACGUUAUGUGGAGGAGCCGUAGUGGUUGCGUUCGUAGGGCUAGGCCUGCUGCAGUCAUGA